CUGUGUGGGGAGUGCCUUACAGUGCACUUACAAUACACUUCUGUCAACACCGAAUGAGUCACUGAACUUGCAGUGACCUUUUGCCUUGAAUCUACAAAACACCUGCUCAGUAGAGAAUUACAAACAUCAGAAAAUAAAUAGAUCAUCUAUGAUAUGAAUCCCUGUUUUAUUUUUUUUUUUACCUCUAACAAUGUAUUUAAUUGAUUCACAUGCCCCCUCCUAUACACACACACACUCAUACCUGGACAUCUCUGACUGGCUCUGACUCAUGCCAUAAUAAGUCAUUUGAGGUGAAAGAGAGAAUGAGAAGGAAAGGUGGACAAGUUGUUGUGCUCUGAUGAAUCAGCUUCACGGAUAUAGACGAUCUUUGUCAGUGGAGCGCACCGCCGUCACCUAGCAACCGGCUGCAACAAACUACAGUGAGCACAGAGCCACAUUAAAACCAGCUAACGAGCUAACCUGGAGCUAACCAGCUACAUGUGUGUGUCUGAGGAACACCAACCACACUAAACUGUUUACCUUUUUAGAGGAACAAAAUGGUGAAACAGACGAUACAGAUAUUUGGUCGAAUUAAACCCACUAAGAAAACUACGACGGUGUACUCUGUGGACAACGAGGAGCCGACAGGUGCUUCUUUGGAGUUUGUGGUGCCCAGGGAUGUGGCUGACGGCUUUGUUAACAACAAGAGGGAGUGCUACAAGUUCAGGUUCCUAAAGGUGUUUGAUCGGGCCGCCAAACAGGAAGAGAUAUUUGAAAACAUCGCCAAACCAGUUGCAGACGGUGUGUUGGCUGGCUAUAAUGGCACCAUAUUUGCCUACGGCCAGACAGGCAGCGGGAAGACCUUCACCAUCACAGGAGGGGCCGAGCGCUACAGUGAUCGUGGCAUCGUUCCCCGCACCCUUUCAUAUCUGUAUGAACGCUUCUCCCAGGACAGCAGUAUGGUUUAUACCACACACGUCUCCUACUUGGAGAUCUACAACGAGAUGGGAUAUGACCUUCUGGACUCCCGACAUGAAGCAUCUCGACUGGAGGACCUACCAAAGGUGCUGAUCAUGGAAGACCCAGACCAGAACAUCCAUCUCAGGAACCUUUCCCUACAGCAGUCAGCCAAUGAGGAGGAGGCUCUGAACCUGCUCUUCCUGGGUGACACCAAUCGUAUGAUUGCAGAGACUCCGAUGAACCAGGCAUCCACACGUUCCCACUGUAUUUUCACCGUGCACUUGUGCAGGCGUGAGCCAGGCUCAGCCACGCUGCGGCGCUCCAAGCUCCACCUGGUGGACUUGGCUGGGUCGGAUAGAGUUAGCAAGACUGGACUGAACGGGCAGCUGCUCACUGAGGCCAAGUACAUCAACCUCUCCCUCCACUACUUGGAGCAGGUGAUCAUAGCUUUGUCAGAAAAGAACCGCUCCCAUAUUCCCUACAGGAACUCCAUGUUGACUUCUGUGCUGAGGGACAGCCUCGGGGGAAACUGCAUGACUACCAUGAUUGCCACACUGGCAGUGGACAAGAGGAACCUUGAUGAGUCCAUCUCUACGUGUCGCUUCGCUCAGCGCGUGGCUCUCAUCAAGAACGAGGCGAUACUGAACGAAGAACUGGAUCCUGCCCUGCUAAUAGCCCGUUUGAAGAGGGAGAUCCAGUCUCUGAAGGACGAGCUGGCCAUGGUGACAGGAGAACAGAGGGAUGACCAGCUCACCGUAGAGGAGAUCCAGAAGUUGGAAGAAUUACUCAAGGCCUUUCUGGAUGACCCUGAUCUAGACGUGACAGUGUCAUUGGGACCAGACAUGAGAAAAAUCCACUACUGUUUCUCCCUGCUGAAGAUAAUGAUCAUGGACAAGCAAGGUGGAGGAAACGGGCACGGUGAUGGGCAAGCGUCACCAGCAGCCACAGUGGACACUGAGGCGGUCAUUCCAGAGAGCCACCACUGUGCAGCAGAGGUGACCAAAUUAAAGGAGAUGAUGACGCAGCGCGAUAAUGAGAUCAGUAUCCUCGUUAAGAUGCUGAAGAAGGAGAAAAAAAGGGCCCAGGAUGCUGCAGCUCAGCUCGCUAACAUCACCGAUGGCCAGAGCCUGGCCUCCCAGAGAGCCUCGAGGUCAACAACCCCACUGUUGAGAGAAGGAAGCGGGGACAUCAUCUCAGCCGACCAUGGAGGACGAGCUGCACAGUACAUGAAAAGAGGCCCUCAGCUGUCUAUGGGAAAGCAGGAGGCCUUUGAGACCUUCAUAAGGGACCAUGAGGACCAUCUGACCAUCGAAGACAACAAGAAGCUACUCAAACAGAGGUCAGCUGAGGCCAGAGGAACUGGGGAGAAACUGAAUGAUGCCAGAAACCGAAUAAAUGAGUUGAAGAAACAGUUAGAGAUGCAGAGGAGGCAGAGAGCAGCUCAUGGUGUAGCAGGGAAUCACCCACAGGAAGAGGAGGAGGUCGACCCGGUGGAAGAAAACCUGUGCAAACACAUUGAGCAAGAAAAAAAGGCUUACAAGAGCGCCAUUGGCCGUCUAAAAGCGCUGAGGACAGAGAUCGAGCACCUGCAGCUGUUGUUGGAGAGGGCAAAGGUCAAGCUCCAGAAAGACUUCCACAAGUGGUGGAACCAGGAGGCUUCCAGCGUGCAGGAGUGUGAGGCCACAGCCAGAUGUCACACAGGGUCGCCAAGUGGAACCCUGCAGCCGUCUUCACCUAGCCCUCCAGGAUUUCGUAGACCUGGUCUGAGCAGCACAGUGAGAGACCUUCCAGCAGGCCAAGACCCAAAUCCAGACUCUCCCACUGCUGUUCAACACCUCAGCUUCGGCCCCAAAAGCGUACCUCCCUCGACGGCUGUCCCAGCAGGACGUGAUGAGUCCUCGGAUGGGAGGGUGACUGACUUCACUCCUUCGUCUGAGUGGAGGGCCCUCUCAACCACCUCAUCCUCUUCUAUUCCCAUGACUGGAGAUCAGCAGGCUGAUGCUGACAUCCUGGCCUUUGUCAGAGCCAGGCAAAACCUCCUCAACAGGACAGCUACUUGCUUUGGCACGCUAGGAAAGCGGACUUGGCUGUCUUGUGGUUUGCCACUAGAUAUCCAGAACGGCUGAGGUCAUGUGAACAGACAGAACGAUGGCCAAACGAGCAGAGACACCAGACAGAAAAACAGGCCGAAGAGCACAUGUGCCCUCUGAAGUCUCUAUCCUUCCUUCUCUUUCCCCACUUUCCCCACUUCAGGCAAAGAAGACUCAUUUCAUGCCUCUUUACCUUGACACUACUUAGCUGGAUAGCGACUGUGUUUUGACAGGAAAACGCCCCUCUCCUUGGUUGUUCGGUAACCCCCGUAUGGUGAUAUCCCUCCUAUAUCAAAACAGCUUUUAAGUCACUAGAGCAUGCUGGGAAGUGUAGGGAAACUGGCAAAAAGAAACAGACAGCAUGAUUUCAGAGUGAAGGCUGCUUUAGGGGCGUUUCAUUCAGGGAUUGUUACUCUUCAAAUAAAGACAAAAAACAAUCAAAACAAAAACAUUUUGAGUUUGUAAGAGCAAGGACAGCACAUUGUCUUGACAUAUUGCUUGAUGGCUAAAGGAAAGACUUUCGGGGCUUUUUCAUGUUUAUUUCUCAAACACUUUCAACUAUAGACUGUAUAUAAGAAGGGGACGUAGUCACCGUGGCGUCACCCAUUGGUUUGUGGACUACGGUUUUGAAGGGCCAUGUCUAGAAGGUAACCCACAAGUUGCGAAACUCGCUGCGAAACUCGCGAGAUGGUUAAGGUUUGGGUAGAGUCUCACGUUUUCACACGUUUUCGCUACUUCUGGGUAACCAUCUAGACAUGGCUGUUUUGAAGCGUUGAGUUCCGCAUUUUGGCUGUCCCCAACUUUGUUUUUGGCCACAGCCAUCUUGGUUUUUGGCCACAGCCAUCUCGGUUUUUAGCCGUCAACUUCUUGAUUUUCAUCUCACAAGAGUUUUCCAUGUUUUUGCAACUUCUGGGUAACCAUCUAGGCAUGACUGUUUUGAAGCUUUGAAUUCUGCAUUUUCGCCAUCUUGGUUUUUGGCCGCAGCUGUCUUGGUUUUUGGCCGCAGGCCUCUUGGUCUUCACCAUCUUGAUCUUCAUCCCACAAGAGUUUUCGCAACUUCUGGGUAACCAUCUAGACAUGACUGUUUUGAAGCCUCGAGUUUGGCAUUUUGGUCGUCACCAUCCUGGUUUUUGGUCGUCGCUAUCUUG